CGAGGAGGAGGAGGAGGAGAGGGGCAGUGGAGCAAAGCAAAUCAAAGCAAAGCUAGAAACAAGGAGAGAGAGUCGAGGAGGGAUUAUCGGUUAACUAUGCUUGUCUGCAUGUGAUACGGUAGCCAACAAAAGUGUCCCCACUGUCUCUCUUUCCUGCGAGGCUCAGCUAAGUGUCAGCUCGGCCGCUGCGUGAAGGCCUGAAACGGUCUAAGUUUAUGUUAGCAGUCUGGCGUUAGCUGCUGGCGCUAGCUCACUCCUGCUGGUGACUUCACGCAACUUGUCAACAGCCGAUCGAUCCUGGACGGGACCCGGGACUGCUUACGCUGCUUGCUCAUUUUACCCCGUUGGCAGUUUCCCCGUAGCGUAAAAAUCUCCUGAACCAGCAGCACAAUUGGGAGAGUUUAUUCUGCUCUUCAGUAGUGGAGCUAUGAUGGCAACGUGACAGGAGGGGAGCCGCUGAGUCAGCUUCAACAGGAACCAUGGAAGGGUUUCAGCAAACUGCUACAGAGCAGCACGACGGGGUGAACGGCUACUGUGAGCCCAAAUCCCCCCAGGACACCGCUGAUGUCAGGUGGACAUCACCGGAGGGAGAGUCUGGAGGUUCAGACAGCUGUGGGGGGACAAGUGUGUCAGAGCUGACUGACCUGCAAGAGUUGAAGGCCAGGGAAAGUGAGGAUGAGGAGGACAAGGAGGAGAAGGAAGUAGUGCCUCUCUCUAAAGGCUUGAAAGGGGACCAGAAGGAAAGAGAGAACGAGGGUCUGGAUCAGGAGGAAAGCAAUCACAGCAAGCGAAACAGCAGUGCAGCAUCCAGCUACACAGACCUGUCCCAUACCUCAUCGCCUUCACUGUCAGAGCAGCUGCGUCUUGGCCGCGAAGACAGCACAGGGUCUGGGAUCAGUGUGGAGUGUAAGGUCUGCGGGGACAAAGCCUCUGGCUUCCACUAUGGCGUGCACGCCUGUGAAGGUUGCAAGGGCUUUUUCCGGCGAACCGUGCGGAUGAAACUGGAAUAUGAGCGCUGUGAGCGUUCCUGCAAGAUUCAAAAGAAAAAUCGCAACAAGUGCCAAUAUUGUCGCUUCCAGAAGUGCCUGUCUUUGGGAAUGUCCCAUGACGCGAUCCGAUACGGACGUAUGCCUGAGGCGGAGAGGAAGAAGCUGGUGGCAGGCCUGCUUGCAGAGGAACUGAACCUUGGCAAACCAGGUGGCUCCGACCUGAAGACCUUGGCCAAACAAGUCAACACAGCCUACCUGAAGAAUCUCAGUAUGACCAAGAAGAGGGCCCGCAGCAUCCUGACGGGCAAAACCAGCAGCACCUCGCCGUUUGUAAUCUACGAUGUGGACACACUCUGGAAGGCAGAAAGCGGUUUGGUGUGGAGCCAGCUAGUUCCAGGUGCACCCCUGACCAAGGAGAUUGGGGUCCAUGUGUUCUACCGCUGCCAGUGCACUACGGUGGAGACUGUGCGAGAGCUCACCGAGUUUGCCAAGUGCAUUCCAGGGUUUGUGGACCUCUUCCUUAAUGACCAGGUGACUCUGCUGAAGUAUGGUGUGCAUGAGGCCAUUUUUGCCAUGCUGCCAUCUCUCAUGAACAAAGAUGGACUGUUGGUGGCCAACGGUAAAGGCUUUGUCACCAGGGAGUUCCUGCGCAGCUUAAGAAAGCCCUUCAGUGAGAUCAUGGAGCCCAAGUUUGAGUUUGCUGUCAAGUUUAAUGCUCUGGAGCUGGAUGACAGCGACCUGGCCCUGUUUGUUGCUGCCAUUAUUCUCUGCGGAGAUCGUCCUGGGCUAAUGAACGUGAAGCAGGUGGAGCAGAGUCAGGACAGCAUCCUCCAGGCCCUGGACCUCCACCUCCAAGCCAACCACUCUGACUCUGUCUACCUCUUCCCCAAGCUGCUGCAGAAGAUGGCCGACCUCCGUCAGCUGGUUACUGAGAAUGCUCAGCUUGUCCAAAAGAUUAAAAAGACUGAGUCGGAGACCUCGCUCCAUCCUCUACUACAGGAGAUCUACAAAGACAUGUAUUAGUGUUCUUCAGCACAGACUGCUUUUAGCAAUACUGUUACAGAUUUAAAUUUACAUUUAUAAUAAUACACUGCAUUCAGUACAAGCACUGUUCCACGUUCGGGCAUGGAUUUUAGCGUGCAGAUGAGGCAAAGUCAUGUGGUAAGGCUAACACAAUCAGCAAAGUCUUCACAAUGUCAACAUUACCUUCAGCACAGUAGUGCAUGUGUGCGUGCGUGUGCGUUCGUGUGUGUUUGCGUGUGUCGGGUCCGAAAACCAGAAGCCCACUAUAUUUGUGGGUUCCAACAGAUUUGUGGAAAAAAUUGCUGGAACCCACAAGUUGAAAUGGCUGUUUAAGGGGUUAAGACUUGGUUUUAUGGUUCAGGUAAGAAUUUGGUUAAGGUUAGGGUUAGGAGCUAAGCUAGGGAAUGCAUUAUGUCAAUGACAGGUCCCCAUGA